AUGUCAAAGAAGAAUAGUAACUUCACCACAACUGAAAAUGUUGCAAGUGGAUCCCGAAAAUUGUCAGCAGUGUGGAAUGCUCAAACUAUAGUCAUCUUCAUUGACCUUUGUAUCAAGGAGGUGGAUCUAGACAAUUGUCCCGGUACUCACUUUAAUAAGGUUGGAUGGGCAAGGUUGGAUGGGCAAGAUCUAAAAGGGAAGGAAACUGGUCUUGGGUGGAAUGUCGCUAAGAAUACCGUUGAUGCAUCUGAGGAAUGGUGGCAAGAUAAAAUUAAGGCAGAACCCAAAUAUGCAAGAUUCCAAUUUGAGGGUAUUAGUCCUGAGAUGGAGGAGAAGUUAGAUAUGAUGUUUUUGAAUGUCACAGCCACUGGUAAGCAUUCUUGGGCACCUUCAUCUGGUGUACUUCCAAUUGAAAGUGAUGAUGAUGUCAACCAACUUGAAGUUAACGGUGAUUCAAAUGAGUCUGUGCCAAUUGAAACCACUCAAACUACAAACAAUGUGCCAAAAAAGAGAACUAAUCAAUCACUUGAAAUUCAAGAUAAUAAUGAGAAGAAAGGUAAAGGAGGGGGAAAAUAG